AACUAAAAUAAAAUUGCGCGAAUCAUCUUCUGCUCUCGUCUUACUUCUCUCCUCUGCAUAAACAAAACAACUAUGGAAGAAGACGACGACUCAUAUUAUCCAAAUCAUAAGCUAUGCGGUUAUCUCUCUACAAUUCUCUCUCUUCCUUCACCGCCACCGUCGCCGUCCCUCUCCUUCCUCUCCGCCUGCCACCUCUUCACCGACGGUAACGAAUUCGGUUUCAAAUCCGACAACGGCGUCGUUCUAUCUCCUCCGAAUAAGAACAAUGUCAGCGACUAUCACAUUAAAAGUAGAAACGGCGGCGUCUCUUCCGCUUCUAGGAAGCGGUAUAAGAAUAAGCGAGGCAUUGGAAUGGUGAACGGGAGCUUAAGCGUGGUGGAUCAGAUUCAUGCGCUGGUUGUUAGUAAAUGCAUUGAAGUUAGACCGCGUGUUUUGAAAGUUGUUGAAGAGGAACCUAAAUAUAAUGUUGUUGUGCUUGUUGAUGUGUAUUUGCCUAUUGAGUUAUGGACCGGCUGGCAGUUCCCUAAAUCUAAAUCAACGGCUGCUGCUCUGUUUAGGCACUUGAGUUGUGAUUGGGGAAAGAGGAGUUUAAUGCUUGUGGAUGGAGGAGAUUUUCGUGAAAAUUAUAGCACCCGGUGUCUCAUGGAUUGUCAUGUUAUUGGAUGCCAGUUGAAUUGUAGUGUACUUGAUUCGACAAAGAAGCGCCGCUUUGAACUUCAUGAAAUUUUUACUGGAUUGCCUAGUGUGACUAAUAGGAUUAAGGUUUAUGGUUCUAGAGUAAAACCAGCUGGUGGCUCCAUUUACUCUGGAAUCUGGGAUCUUACUGAUGAUAUUUUGAUUAAUAUUCUCUCUGUCCUUGAUCCUAUGGACCUUGUUAGGAUUGCAGCGACAUGUCAGCAUUUGAGAGCCUUGGCUGCAUCGGUAAUGCCAUGUACCAAACUUAAAUUAUUUCCUCACCAGGAGGCAGCAGUUGACUGGAUGUUACAUCGUGAGAAGAAUGAUCCCCUUUUGCCGCAUCCCCUUUACAUAAGUUUUGUUACAGAAGAUGGGUUCAAAUUCUAUGUAAAUACUGUUUCUGGUGAAGUUGUUACUGAGAUAGCUCCUACUGUGAGAGACUUUCAUGGGGGAAUGUUCUGUGAUGAACCUGGUUUAGGAAAGACUAUAACUGCCCUUUCACUUAUUUUGAAGACACAGGGAACUAUUGCUGACCCACCAGAUGGAGUUCAAAUAACUUGGUGUGCAUAUAGUGGUGAUCAGAAACGUGGCUAUUAUGAGCUCAGCAGCGAUGACGUCACUUGUAAUAAUACAUUUAUGGGGAGAAGGGUUAUGUGCCUGAGUGCUCGUAGGGCGCAAUUACUAAAUCCAGCUGAUGAUGCAAGUUAUUCCUCACCGAAAAGACCAAGGUUAAACUAUUCGGGGGAGGGAGUUGUACUGUUUAAUGAGUCUUGUCCAGUUACAGAAAUGAAACCAGAUUCAGUACCACACUUAGAGCCAGUUCCACGUGUAGUGCGAUAUACAAGGAGCUUGAGUCGUGUCAAGAAGAAUCUUAUGCAUGCAUAUGAAGAAGUUGUGGGCAGCAAAAAGAAGGUUGGAAAAAAUUUAAACAAGAAGAAGAGUGCUUUUAAUGCCCCAAAAUUUGCUCCUUGGGAUGAACAUGUGGAUAUAUCUGGAGAGGAUGCUGCAGAUUAUUCAGAGUGUAAUGAAACUUGGGUUCAAUGUGAUUCCUGUCGAAAGUGGAGGAGGCUUACUGAUGCUGUACCUGAUGCUGCUGUUGCAUGGUUUUGUAGCAUGAACACAGAUCCUGAACAUAAGACAUGCAAAGAUCCGGAAGAAGAUUGGGAUAGUUGUGAACCUAUAACACACCUACCUGGAUUUUAUCCCAAAGGAACAUCUGGGGGAAAGGAGCAAAAUAUUUCAUUCUUUAUCAGUGUGCUCAAGGAACACUAUUCAAUGAUAAACUCUAAAACAAAGAAAGCCUUAACUUGGCUAGCUACACUUUCUUCAGAAAGACUUUUUCAAAUGGAAACAGUUGGUUUAAUAAGUCCUGUCCUAGGCAGUUUUUCUGCAUCUGGUGGUGCCAGUGUCGUUAAUAAAAUAUUUAAAGCGUUUGGUCUUACAAGGAGAGUAGAAAAAGAUGUGUCUAGAUGGUAUUAUUCAUGGCCUCUUGAAAAUUUGGCUUUUGAUGUGGAUGCUCUUAGAAUUGCUCUCUGCAAGCCAUUAAAUUCUGUCAGGUUGUAUUUGUCGAGAGCAACUUUAGUUGUUGUUCCAGCAAAUCUGGUUGACCAUUGGAAAACACAAAUCCAAAAGCACAUCAAACCUGGUCAGCUACGGGUCUGCAUCUGGACAGAUCAUAAGAAGCCUUCUCCUCACAGUCUAGCAUGGGAUUACGAUAUUGUUAUAACAACCUUUAAUCGUUUAAGUGCGGAAUGGAGCCCCAGUAAAGAAAGUCCUCUGAUGCAGGUGCAUUGGCUUAGAGUCAUGUUAGACGAGGGGCACACUCUUGGUUCUAGUCUUAACUUGACAAAUAAGUUUCAAAUGGCUAUUUCAUUAACUGCAUCAAGUCGCUGGUUACUGACAGGAACCCCAACACGUAAUACUCCCAACAGUCAGCUCCCACAUCUUCAGCCAAUGCUCAAGUUCUUACACGAAGAAGCUUAUGGACAGAACCAAAAGUCUUGGGAAGCUGGCAUUCUUAGACCAUUUGAAGCGGAGAUGGAAGAAGGUCGCUCGCGAUUGUUGGAGUUGCUCCGCAGGUGCUUGAUUAGUGCUAGAAAGAAAGAUUUGAAAAAUAUUCCACCAUGUAUCAAGAAAGUCACACUGCUCAAUUUCACUGAGGAGCAUGCAAAAAGUUACAAUGAAUUGGUAGUUACUGUUAGGAGGAAUAUACUUAUGGCUGACUGGAAUGAUCCUUCUCAUGUUGAAAGUUUACUUAACCCAAAGCAGUGGAAGUUUCGAAGUGCUACAGUUAGAAAUGUCAGGCUAUCCUGCUGUGUUGCAGGACACGUUAAAGUGACAGAUGCAGGUGAAGAUAUUCAGGAAACAAUGGACGCAUUAGUUGAGAAGGGUCUGGAUCCUAAUUUACAGGAGUAUGCUUUAAUUAAGUAUUAUUUGCAGUAUGGCGGCAACUGUCAAAGAUGCAAGGAAUGGUGCCGUCUUCCUGUUAUCACGCCGUGCAGGCAUCUUUUAUGCCUUGAUUGCGUCGGGUUAGAUAGUGAAAAGUGUACUUUGCCUGGCUGUGGUAGCUUUUAUGUGAUGCAAACUCCUGAUAAUUUAACCCGACCAGAAAACCCUAACCCAAAGUGGCCUGUUCCAAAAGAUCUUAUCGAGUUGCAACCUUCAUACAAGCAGGAUGACUGGAAUCCUGAUUGGCAAUCAACAUCGAGUAGUAAAGUUUCAUACCUUGUAGAAAGAAUGAAAGUAUUGCAGGAGGCUAAUAACAAGAGUGGUCAUAGUAACAAAGAAAAUGAAUACAAUAACAAUCACUCUUGGAUUGGUGAUAGUGCAUUGUUGCAGGACUAUACCAUACGGAGUUCUGAGGCUUGCAAGAGAGCUCUACAGAAAGUUCUGAUAUUUUCUCAAUUUCUUGAACAUAUACAUGUUAUUGAACAGCAGUUGACAUUUGCUGGUAUCAAAUUUGCUGGACUUUAUAGUCCAAUGCACUCGAGCAACAAGAUGAAGUCUCUGGACGUGUUCAAGCAUGAUGCAACUUGUCUGGCUCUUUUAAUGGACGGAAGUGCUGCAUUAGGUCUUGACUUGAGCUUUGUAACUCAUGUAUUCUUGAUGGAGCCUAUCUGGGACAGAAGCAUGGAGGAACAAGUGAUAAGUCGUGCUCAUCGGAUGGGUGCUACUUGUCCCGUUCUAGUAGAGACUCUAGCGAUGUGUGGCACGAUUGAAGAGCAAAUGUUGGAAUUCCUACAGGAUCCCGAUGAAUGUAGAGAAUUGUUGAAAGAAGAGUCUAACUUACCUGAUAGUAAAGUGCCACGGCCUCGUCAUUCUUUACAUGAUUUUGCAGAACACAACUAUUUGGCCCGGCUUAGCUUUGUUCAUAGAAGUUCUAGUGCAUAGAAGCUCUUGCGAUAUGCUGAUCUUGGCAAAUUGGCAAUCAAAGUCAAUUUAACUUACUGAUGAAAGUUAUUUUGAGGUAGGUUAUUUUUGCUAAUUUAUUGAUUCCUCAUGUGUAUCAUCAACCUUUCUGUGAGUAAAUGCUUUUUGGUCUGCCAUUUUGUGGUAAAUAUCACAGAAAAGGACCUGGUUAUUGUUAUGACUUUUGCUUCUGCUCUGAUAGCAGCAUAGCAUUUACCAUCAUCUUCCAAGUUGAAAUUGUUAGCUUGAUUAGGAAUUUUUUAAGUAGGACACGGAAUGUAUCGUCAAAUAUUCGAUAUGAUUUUACAAGAUCUAGUUUCCUUCAAGGAAGGAAUUGUAGCCAAUGGAAGUGAUCUUCUGGUAGAUGUACAUUGCUUAAUAGACUCGAGAUAUUUUUUUGGAAGUUCUGUUGAUAUCUAAAUGUGUAAGAGAAAAUGAAAUGAAGUUUUAUUUUUUGCAUUAAA